CAAACCAGGAGCAAUGCAAGCAGCCCUGCCUGCCAUCUCUUGUCUGCAUUCAGAAGUCUCCCCCAAGAUGCGUGGAUCAGUGUGAUGCUGCCUGCGUGAAGAAGUGUACAGAUCCAUGUGGCAAUAUCUGUGCAAAGUCAUGCACAACUAAAUGUGUAGACUCCUGCAAUGGCAUCAGUACAAUGCUGUGCAUGACCAAAUGCGUGGAUCCAUGUGGCGCAGCCUGCGUGAAGGAGUGCACAACCAAAUGCAUGUGCCCAAGCAACACUGUCUGUGCGAAGCCUUGUGUGACCAAAUAUGUGGAUCCAUGUGGCACCAGCUGUGUUACGUCAUGUGUCACCCCAUGCCCGGAGCCAUAUAACACCGUCUGUGUCAAGGAGUGCAUUACCAAGUGCAUGGAUCCAUGCGGCACUUUCUGUGCAGAGCCGUAUGUUACCAAGUGUGUGCAUCCAGGCUGUAGCAGCUCUGCAAAGCUGUGCAUUACCAAAUGCGUGGAUUCGUACAACACUGUCUGCGUGAAGGAAUGCACUAUCAAGUGUGUGGAUCCGUGCAGUACCAGGUGUGCAAAGCCAUGUGUUACUAACUGUGUGGAUCUGUGUGGCACUGUGUGUGCAAAGCCAUGCAUUACCAAGUGUGUGGAUUCAUGCUGCACUGGGUGUGGAAAGCAGUGUGUUACCAAGUGCAUGGAUCCAUGUGGCACUAUAUGUGCAAAGCCAUGUCUUACCAUGUGUAUGAAUCCAUGCAGCACCAGGUGUGCAAAACCAUCUGUUGCCAAGUGUGUGGAGCUGUGCAGCACUGUGUGCCCAAAACCAUGCAUUGCUAAGCAUGGAGAUCCAUGUGGCACUAUCUGUGUGAAGGAAUGCACUACAAAAUGCAUGGAUCCACGUGGUGUCAUCUGUACUAAGCCGUGUGUUACCAAGUGUGUGGAUCCAUGCGCCACCAGCUGUGUUACAUCCUGUGUCACCAAGUGUAUGGAGUCAUGUAGCACCGUCUGUGUCAAGAAGUGCACUGUCAAGUGCAUGGAUACUGUUUGUGCCAAGCCAUUUGUUCCCAAACACAUGGAUCCAUGCUGUCCUAGGUGCAUGGCUUCUGGUACCAUGUGCAUGGAACCUUGUGCUCCUCUCUGCAAGAAGACCUACCCACUCCAGAGCGUGGAUCCACACCUCCCCAAGUGCCCUCCGGUGCAGCAGUGCUGCCAGAAGCCAAAGCAGGGUUAGCAACCACUGAAGUACCAGCAAUUAUGGCAUGAGGACAAGCGAUGAAUACACGUGCCACUUGUUCAGCUUCCCCAGCCUGUGGAUCUGGCAUUCCCUUUGCUUUAGACUGUGACUCUUCAAAAGUUUCUGUGCUCAGCCUAACUUUAUGCCUUGUUUUUGCCCUUGCUGUCUAGGGAUCAGUACUUUCCUUGGAAUUUGUAAGUGAUGAACUUGGUAC